CAACUUUUCAAUCUUAUUCCCGUUUCCGCUGUGCUGUCUGGUACUUUGCUCACACGUCAAGCGUGGAAUAUCAUAAAAUUGUGUAUUUUGUAAAUAUUUAUUUGCCCCAAUUCUCAUUAUAAGGCGAAUUCUAUAAUCUUCAAUAUUAGAAAAAGUUAUAGUAUUUACUAUUUGGUUGUUAUUUGACUUUAGAAAUAGUCUUUCACCAAUUCUAAUUGGCAUGACGGAAAAACCAAAAUGGAGACGAUCACGCUUACCUCAAAAGAUUGAAUAUGAAUAUUAUUUAAUCGAUUCAUAAGAAUCAUUAGGUAAAACUUGUCGUGAAAUAAUACCGAUUUUAGUCAGAUAAACUGAACAAUAUUACGAGUCUGCAGUUAUUUUAUGUUUAUAGUGCAAUAAGUAAAUUGGAUUCCAUUACAAAACCAAUAUGCCACGAAUAGAUCCGUUGUCGUUGUUGAAAUGCUUAUCGGUUUUGUUAUCACCAGACGGUGGUAUAAAUUCAAGAGAAGAAGUUCCGCGCUUUGUGAACUUGAUGACGAAAUUUUCGAAGAAACUUGUAAGCAAGUGUGUUUACUUACUGAUAUUGAAGAGCACCGACGUUACAUUGAUAGAUAUGUUCAUGACUUCGGGAGGUUGGCUUUUAAUUCAAACUUGGCUGCAAGAAGCCAUGGGCAAUUCCAAUUGGAAUUUAGUUCAAGAGGUCCUUGAAUUGUUAUUGAUCACGCCUGUAGAUUCAACUAGAUUGCGACUAAAUAAUAUUCCCAAAUUAGUGAAGACGUUAUCGAAAAGAGAAGAUCUUGGAGAUGUAAAAGAUAUGGCUACUUCAUUAGUAAAUAACUGGCUAGCCAUUGUGAAAAACUCUACUUCUGUUAUACAAGAAGAAAAAUCAUCAGUGAAAUCUCCUGAAGCAGCCCCUAUUACUAUCGUGGAGGAAGCAACACAAGAGGAUAAAACUCAAGAGUCCCCUGUUGAGACAUCUGAACAUCCUGCAGAAUCUCCUGUGGUCACAAAUGAAAUUGAAACUAUAGAACUCCCAGAACCACCUGCUGAAGAGCCGGUCAAAAUGGAAGUAGAAGAUGAAAAUACAAUUAGUACUAGUAUGUUUUACAAAAUAACCAUCAGAGAUGGAAAGCAGGUUCUUACCAAGCUGAUCCAUUCAGAAGAAGCAGAUGAGAAAGCUGUUACUGAAGAAACAGAGCCUUCUGAAGAGGCUAAUAAGAAGAAAGAUGCUCCAAAAGAAGUGGAAGAGGAAAAUAAAGUUGAUGCGAAAAAAGAUUCUAAAUCCAAGAGUAGCAGUAAAUCUUCAGGUAGUAGCAGCAGCAGCAAGAAAAGCUCUUCCUCUAGUAAAUCUAGCAGCAGCAGCAGUAGUAAAGAUAAAGAUAAAAAACACAGUUCUAGACAUUCAUCAAAAAGUAGUAGUUCUAGUCGGGAGAAGGAAAAAAGUAGAAAAGAUAAAGAAAAUGACAAAGAUAAACAUAGAAGUAAUGGUUCUUUGAAACACAGUUCUAGUAGCAGCAGCAAAAGCAAUAAUUCCUCAAGCAGCAGUAGAAGUAAAGAUAAAAAAGAUCCAAAAGAAUCUAAGGAGAAGCAAGCUGAAAAGGAUAAGGAUACUUUGGAGAAACUAAAACCAGUAACUUUGGAUAAAAUAGGGAGAAUACCAAGAAAGCCUACCGAUGACAAAGACAAAGAGGUUAAGAAAAAACCAUCCAUGUCUAUUGAACCUAAGAAGAAGGGAGAGGAUAGACCUAAGACUGUAAAAAUUUUCAAUUCAAAAAUGCGCUCAACCGGAUUGGAGGAAGAAGUGAAGCCACCACCGCCAAGAAGUGCUGUUAAGAAACCACCACCAGUAAUACCACCAAUUACUAUUCCUACAAAACGACUUUCACCGCCAAGAGAGAGUUUAUCCACACCACCAGAGAAAAAAAUCAAGUUAGAAGUGCCAGAGAGGAUUGGAGCUAUAAAAUUAAUACCACCCAAACCAAAACCUGCAUUCCUUCAAGAAAGUGAUAUCUUCAUGGAUGCUCUCACUGCAGCUACAUCGAAAAAAGAACCAAAAAGGAAGAAACGACGUCUAAGUCAAUCUAAAGAACCUGAAGAGGCCAGUCCAUCUGUACAGCAACCACCAUCGUCCAGCUCACCUAUCGGAAUAAAAAAUUACUCUCCUGCUAAUUUCUAUCAGGAAACAUUGGAUAACACUAAUGAAACUGAAGAAACAAAGGAGAAUACACCUGAUGAACCAGCGGAAGAAGCUAUAUCUGGGGAGAACGUAAAUAAGGAAACAAGUGGUGAAGAGAAAGAGGAGAAAACGGCUAGCGAGGAUAGUAGUGAAGUGAAUGAACCUUCGACAAGGACAAAUAGUGACGGUUUGAAGGGUGCUUUAGUGUAUUUCAAAAGGAAAGGACCAAAACGUUCUAUACGAUGGAAAGAUGACAAAGACUUGGUGGAUAUAAGAUAUUUCGAACUAGAUGAAACAGAGAGAGUAAACGUAUCGCGGCCUAAUUUCACAGAAUUGGCUAAGUUGGACAUGACACAUGAAAGAGAAGCAUUGCUAGGACGUAAAUUGAACAAUGAAGAUCUGAUGGAACCAACCACUGCCUGGAGAGUACCAUAUCUUGUUGACCAACCUGAUUUACCGGUACAACCUGGUUCCAAAAGUUUAGAAAAAGAUAUACAAUAUGCUAGAUCUAAGAAUACUCUUCAAGCAUUAUAUUUCAAUAAAAAUUCAAUCCCUGAUACCCCAGGUGAACCUAUCUCAGAAAUUCAUCCCAUGGUGGAUCCAGUCAGUAUACCUUUGGAAGAUGCUGAGAGUCAAGUUUGUGAUUUGAGGAAUACACCUUGGCCAGAACCUAAAGGAAUGGCACCAGUUGAACUGGCUCCUGUUAAUAUGCCACCUAUGUUCCAGAAUAUGCCUGGACCAUUCCAAAAUUUCCCACAGAUAGGACCGCAAGGUUUUCCUGGUCUGCAAGGACCACGUUUUGGACCGCCGAAUAUGAUUCCCAAUGGUCCCCCCAAUAUGAUGCCAAACAACAUUAAUAUGAUGGGUAAUCCAAAUAUGAAUAUGGGACCACCUAUGGAUAUGAUGAAUCAAGGACCAAUGAACCAAGGUCUUAUGAAUCAAGGCCCAAUGAACCAGGGUCCAAUUAAUGCCAAUAUAUUUGUUCCCAAUGGCCCCACUAUGGAUGGUUUCAAUCCUAUGAUGAAUGAAAACCAAAAUUUCCCAAUGCCUUUCAACCAACCAAAUAUGUUUGGGCCUCCAAAUAAUAACUUCAACAACAUGGAGAGAGGAGGACAUAGAGGAAGGGGUGCAUUUAGAAGAGGACACAAUAACUGGAAUAGAAAUAAUGUACCUAGAGGUGGAAGUAGUUGGAGAGGUAAUGAUCAUAGAGGAGGUCGAAUUUGUAAAAAUGUGAAAAACCAUGGAUACUGCAGAAAGAUCGACAGCUGUCCAUUCAUACAUCCAAACUAACUGAUAAAAUAUCAUCCUAUAACAUGUAAAUAUGAUACAGAUUGUAUAGUGUCAAUGUAUAUUCUCUUAUUUCAACCGUUGUCUGGUUGGUACAUUGUGAUAUUAGUAUGUAAGAUUGGUGUUGAUCACUGCCUUUAGGUCAGUGAGUUUAUCAGUUGUUAUUUCUAUCUAAGAAAUUUUACAAAUCGUUUGUAUAUAGCUUGUGAAUAUUAAUAAUAUGAUUUAUGCUAUUUUCUUGUUUUAUAUUUUUCAUUUUGUUUCAAUUAAAAUGAUCAAUUCAU